ACACAUAUAGACGGCUCUCGUUUUGUAUUUUAAUUGUUGAAGCGAACAGAAUGCCUCAUUAUCUGAAACAUCCUUUGCAACGGCUGUCCAGUCCUUCCCGAGGACUCUCGGCUGUGGUCCAUUUGGCCGGACUCGCCAGUUUUUGCUGGUCUUUCAAGUUUAUGCACGAUUUUCCCAAUCGAGCUAACGAGGCAUACGGAUGGCAUUUUCAAUACCUCACGGUUAUCGGUUUGUCUUUGGCAACAUUGACCUUUUUCUUCGGUGUAUUGGCGGAUGUGACGCUGUCGGCACGGCUCUUCUUGGUCAAGAACCUUUUGUCCAUCCUUAGUGCUCCUUUGGAAGUGCUCAUUAGUCUUCUUUACUGGAGUUUGCGCUUGAUUGACGAGCGUUUGGUGAUCCCUGAAUGGGCGGUGAUCCCGCUCAGCGCUGACGUUAGCUUCCACGCAAUCCCAUCAAUUGUGCUGUUGAUCGACCUGCUAUUUUUCUCUCCCCCGUGGACCAUCGACAUUGUUCCGGCUCUUGGUUUGUCCGGCACCUUUGCUGUGGGAUACUGGGUGUGGAUUGAACGGUGCUUCAAGCUCAAUGGAUGGUACCCUUAUCCCAUCUUCGACCAAGUGCCUUUUGAAGGCCGUCUUGGCCUCUUCGUCCUCAGUGCCGUCGUUAUGGCAGGCAGUACCGCGACCCUAAAGCAUUUGUAUGGCCGGGUCAAUGGCUACGGUACCUCCACUGAGGCUCGCGCAUACCCUGGUCAGGUUAAGCGGAACGGCGGUCAUUAACCGCACUCAUUCGUUUGGAUGUCCCGGUUGAUUUACAUACCACCGUCAGCUCGUUACUAGCUAAGCAUUGCACUGCAUUAUAUACGCAUUGGCCACAUGUACUGGAUUUCCUAGCCUGAAUUUUCCACUCAGUAUAGGGCAAAUGCAUCACACUACUAGUGUCACUUCAUAUCUCGCCUCAUUGUAGUGCAAAGAAACAUCCUAGAUAACCACAUAUCUCUUGGCUGCUAUCCAUAGAAGAUUACCAAAUAAUAGCCAGAAGCAGUUGAAGUUGAUGCUGACUGC